CUUCAUCUUCGGUGAGCUGUGGGGGAGGACUGGGGUGCGGCUUCUUAGCCAGGGCCACUCAAAAUCUAGGAGUGCCCCAAGGUCAUGGCCAUGGGAACCACGGAUCCAGGGCCCCUGAACACCCUCCUAUCCUCCCAGUCGCUCCAUCUACCUCCUAAACGGGCUUUGGGAGGAAGGCCCAGGUGUCUCCUCAAGGUCAGAGUGGGGCCGGAAACAACUGGGCCGGGGGGCACUACACAGAAGGCGCGGAGCUGAUGGAGUCAGUGAUGACGUUGUCAGAAAGGAGGCUGAGGGCUGUGACUGCCUGCAGGGUUUCCAGCUGACCCACUCCCUGGGUGGGGGGACAGGGUCUGGGCUGGGUACCCUUCUGCUCAGUAAGAUCCGGGAGGAGUACCCAGACAGGAUUAUAAACACAUUCAGCAUCCUGCCCUCGCCCAAGGUGUCAGACACGGUGCUGGAGCCAUAUAAUGCCACCCUCUCGGUCCACCAGCUCAUAGAAAAUGCAGAUGAGACCUUCUGUAUAGACAAUGAAGCGUUAUACGACAUCUGUUCCAGGACCCUAAAACUGCCCACGCCUACCUAUGGUGACCUGAACCACCUGGUAUCUGCCACCAUGAGCGGGGUCACCACGUGCCUGUGCUUCCCAGGCCAGCUGAAUGCUGACCUGCGGAAGCUGGCCGUGAACAUGGUCCCAUUUCCCCGGCUGCAUUUCUUCAUGCCUGGCUUUGCCCCACUGACCAGCCGGGGCAGCCAGCAGUACCGGGCCCUGACGGUGGCUGAGCUUACGCAGCAGAUGUUUGAUGCUAGGAAUAUGAUGGCCGCGUGUGAUCCCCGCCAUGGCCGCUACCUAACGGCGGCUGCCAUUGUCAGGGGUCGUGUGCCCAUGAGGGAGGUGGAUGAACAAAUGUUCAACAUUCAAAAUAAGAACAGCAGCUACUUCGCUGACUGGCUCCCCCACAACGUCAAAACGGCCGUCUGUGACAUCCCCCCCCGGGGGCUAAAAAUGUCAGCCACCUUCAUUGGGAACAACACGGCCAUCCAGGAACUCUUCAAGCGUGUCUCAGAGCAGUUUCCAGCGAUGUUCCGGCGCAAGGCCUUCCUCCAUUGGUAUACCGGCGAGGGGAUGGAUGAGACGGAAUUUACCGAGGCGGAGAGCAACAUGAACGACCUGGUUUCUGAGUAUCAGCAGUACCAGGAUGCCACGGCCGAGGAGGAGGAGUUUGAGGAAUAUGCAGAGGAGGAGGAGGAGGAGGCCUAG